AUGUUUGGCUCCGCUCAACCUUCUUCAUCUCCGUUCGGCACCCCUUCGUCAACCCCAGCAUUUGGCACCCCUUCUUCUACACCCGCAUUCGGAACCCCUUCUUUCGCUACCCCUUCUUCUACCCCUGCAUUCGGAACCCCAUCUUCAACACCGGCGUUCGGCGCUUCGUCUACCCCUGCCUUCGGUUCCUCCCUCUUCUCCACGCCCUUUUCUUCUCAACCACAACAGCAGCAACAGCAGCAGCAACAACAAACUCCACUAUUUCAACAACAACCAACCUCUUCUGCUUUCGGCUUUCAAAAUCUCCUCGCAGCGCCACAACCCUCGCCUUUCGCAAAUGCCCAAUUAACCACUCAGAUGGCUAACGUAGCACCCGUUCCGUUCUCUCUCGCCGAUCGCGAUGUUCAAACAAUAGUUGAUGCUUACAAGGAAGAUCCUGGAAACCCCAAAUACGCUUUUAAGCAUUUGUUGUUCAGUGUAACAGAACCACAGUUUAGAGUGAAGCCUGCUGGUGUAUCAGACAUCAUGUGGGCGGAGGCAAUGGGGAAGCUUGAGGGUAUGGACAGUGCGGAUAGAGAACGUCUGUGGCCACAGCUUGUCCAGGGUUUUAAGGAUCUUUCACAACGCCUUAAGAUACAAGAUGAAGUCAUUGUUUCUGAUGCAGAGAGAUUGCGUAUAACCCAAAGCAAUGUUAAAAUGCUCCAAAGACAUUUUCAGGCUGAUACUCUUCCAUGGAUUCAAAGACUAAAACAAAAAGAACAAAUUCUCCAGCAACGUCUUUUAAGAGUAAUGAGAAUAGUGGAGGCAUUGGAGGGAAAAGGCUGCCGUAUACCCUUAACAAAAGGGGAAGCUGAGCUUGCUGAGAAAUUAGCCACAAUAACUAGACAGCUGAAAGGAUCUGGAGCGGAACUGUCUAGAAGAGUACAAAAUCUACUAACUGUAUCUCGUGUUAAAGCUAAUAGCAAUGGAUUUGGUGGCUCCGUUUAUCUUCCAGGGUCAACCAAAAUUCAUGAUCAGAGUCUUGCUGACCUACAGGAGGUUUUACAACAGCAAAUGGAGGCCAUUGCGAGACUUGGCGGUGUUCUAAAGCGAGAUAUACGAGAUAUGGAGAUUAUGUUCACUGAUGACACAGGAAGAAUUGAAAAUGGGAAUUUAAUUUGA